AUGCGUUCAUCUUUGAGACUGCUUGCCUCUGUCUCCCGCAGCCAGCCUUCGAAACUCAGAAAGCCUGCAGUUAGCUUGGACCAUUUCAUACAGAGGCAGCGAGUCCUGGGUCUAUGGCGCGAGAUAGUCAGGGCGCUGAACAAGAUUCCUAAAUCGUCGACUCGGGAUGAGUUGCGCAGCUAUGCUCGUUCAGGAUUUGAGCGGCAUCGCAACGUAACAGACUUGCAACAUAUACGAUAUCUCGUCUCGACUGGAAAAGCCGAGUUCGAAACUAUGAAACGGUAUAUCGACGAACAAAUCGCGAGUUGA